GGCGGUGCGUCAGUCUGUGCUGUUGCUUUUCUUUCUCGGUAACUUCGCCUUUCGAGUUCCUCCUGUCUACCUGGAGCUGCCGAGACGCUUCCUGAGCUCCCACGAGUCUGACGUCCUUUAAGAUAUAAAGAAGAGGAAGAAGAAGAAGAGGAAGAAACGCGCGGACCACCUGCGUCGUCGAAGCGUUUGGAUGAUGAAGUGUUUGCGGAUGUUCCUCUCUGCUCUCCUUUUUGUCUCUGGUUUGGCGACAGUUCUGGCCGAGUCCGCGCCUGAACACGUGUGCGAGACAAAAAAUGGGACAAGCUGCGAGGAAUGUCUGAAAAAUGUGACGUGCCUGUGGUGCAUCAAGACAAAGUCAUGUGUAACGUAUCCGGCGCAGACCAUCCUUCCACCCCAUUCACUCUGCCCGCUAGAUGACGCCCGCUGGGGGCUCUGCUGGAUGAAUUUCCAGACGCUGAUAAUCACCUUGUCUGUGCUUGGAGCAGUUCUCAUCAUUGCUCUCAUGCUCUGCAUGUUCUGCUGCUGCAAGUGUGAGAACUUUGGAUCCAAACGAUUUGAGGCCAAGAUGCAGAGGCAGGCCAAUAAGAUGCAAACCAAACAGGAAGAAAGGAGAGCAGAAAUGAACAAGAGACACCAGGAGAUCAGGCAGAAAUAUGGACUGAAUGGGCCAAAUCCUUAUGCAAGAUUUUCCUGAGAUCCACGUCUUGAGCUCUGGGAAACAACGACUGAGCUGUGGAUCAGUAGCUUGGUCCCUGGUUGCAAAAAUGUCCACCAUCCAAUAUUUAACAGGAGCUAGAAUAGUGAAAAAGUUUUCUGCAGGCAGGUUUUCGGUGUUGAUAAUCUCAUAAAUGAGUCAAUUUAAAUGAAGGCUUUCACUGAAGGUAAAACGGACACACGUGCCUGCAAUCAUUUUAUUUUAUUUUCAAAACCAGAGGAGUUCCUAUUCCUUGUGGUUCCUCUUAUUAUUUAUUAGCCUAUAGUUUGAUUAUGCAAAAAUGGAAAUCACUCUAGAUGUUAAAAAUUAAUUAUAUUUUUCCAAACAAAAUCUGUUGUCACUGCACUUUCAUAGUUGCUGCUGAUUUUAAAUGUACAUUAGAGAUCUUUUUGUUUUCUGAUUAUCCUGGUACUUGUUCCUCUUGGAAUUGCUUUUUAGCAUAUUUUUAGAAAACAUAUUCCUAAUUACUGUGAUGAAGACUUCAUCACGGAUCAUAGUCAGUUUUUGUCGCAAUCAGGCUUGUUUUACUGCUGUUUAUGUACAACAUGGAGCUACAUUCCUAAAUAAAGAUUUUUUGACUAUCUACUGUGA